AUGCGCACCACCACCAAAAGUGCCCGCCCAAGCCACGGAUUUAGUAAAUUUCUUUGCGGGCUCUUUGCGGGCGGCGGGCUCGACGUCAUGACGACAGCGCUGCUCACCGCGCUGCCGCCGCCGCCGCCGCGCGCGCGCGUGCUCGACUUUUGCAGCGGCUCGGGCACGAUCGCCGCGGCGCUCCGCGCCGGCAGCGGCGGCGGCGCGCUGCGGCUCCACCUGCUCGACGCCGACGCCGUCGCGCUCCACGCGGCGCGGCGCAACGUCGCCGACGCCAGGGCGCACGUGCUCUCGGACGGCUUCGAGGCGCUGCCGCGGCGGCCCCGCUUCGAUUGGAUUGUCUCGAACCCGCCGGUGCACAAUGGGCUGCAGGCCGACUUCCGCGUGCUCCGCCUCCUCGUCCGCCGCGCCGCGCGCCGGCUCCGCUCCGGCGGCGAGCUCUUCAUCGUGGUGCAGACCUACGUGCCGCUCGGCGCGAUGCUCGCCGAUCAGCCGAAGCUCGAGGACGUGCGCACGCUCUCCGACGACGGCCGGUUCAGCGUGUGGGCCGCGCGGAAGCGGGCGCAGGGCGGUGGAGGCGGCGAGAAGAAGGCGAUGGCGGGGAAGAGGAAGCGCGAGGGAUCGUGCCCAGUGUUGUAA